AUGCCUAAGCACAAUUUUGCAACUUUGACACGUGUUAGUAAAAUCGUACAUAUCAUCACAACUACUUUGUGCAUCCAGGUGGAUUAUACCGCGUUUGUUCAGGACAAAUUGGGCUUUCAUUUGGUGGUAAAUGCGCGCUGUGCAGUGCACUCCCAGCACAAAGACAGGUAUGCAAAGCAGUGGCCCCACAGUGAAAAGCCCAGUCCAGUGGGGCCGCUACUUUGCGUAUGCUUGGUGCCAAGGGGUUAA